AUGGCAACUAUUAUACCGAGGAUCAACGACACGAUAAAGCAUAGAAUUGUGGCAGCGACCAAGGGAGAAGCGUGGGAGCGAAUCCCUGCGGAGGAAGCUCCCAGACUCCCCGGCCAAGAUGGCUGCCCAGACUGCCUUGGCGCCUCCCCUAGACCAGACGCAGAAGGCGGAGGGGACGCCGGCACAACGGACAGGCCGAGAGGAUCGUCUGCCAGCCCUCCUCGCCUCAAGGAGGAAGCACACUGCUCCUCCGAUGUCCAGUGCCCUGCUUGCACUGACGUCCUGCCCAACCUUACCCUUGCGAAGGAACACUUCAAGAAGGUCCAUUCUGACCUCAAGGCCGUAAGGUGUGCUGUAUGCAAUGAGGACGUAAAGGGGAGGUUUAUGGGCUACCUCAGCCACCUGAGGACCCGCCAUAAAGACAGAAGCUUGGCAGAGGCGGCACAGGAUGGCGAGGUAAGGGCAGCCCGGGAGCAGGCGGAGGAUGGCGCUAAGAGCCGUGAGUGCAAAGUGUGCCACAAGAAAGUUCGGGCAUCACUUUUCGCUCGGCACGUCGCCAAGCACAAACGCGUCCCGUGCCCGGAGUGCAAGACGCUCCUGGCCCCGCACUGCCUCAAGAGGCACAUCAACGACUGCCACACCAAGAAGAUCUCCUACCCGUGCCCCGAGUGCCCCGCCGUCUUCCACGACGCCUCUAAUCUGCUCAGCCACCGCAAGAGGAAUCACCUGGGC